UAGACCUAUAAACAUCCUAUUUUUAUUGCAUUACAAAAUCGGAACAUGGGCUGCUUUCAUUAUUUUUUCUUUGCCUUGGUUUUAUUUAAUUUUCGUUCUCAGGCUGUGACUUUUGGCCCGAAAUAUACAAGAAUUGGAGAUGUUUACAUAUCGACCUUUGGAAACACCUUCUACUGUGACAAAAUCCAGUGUCCCGCUGCCACAACCUAUGAUUGUUUGGUCUUCAAAGAAAUAAAUCCCGAAAAUCCAGCGACCACUCUGCGUUCAAAUAUUUGUCGUUUCCUUAAUGGCCGGCGUCCGCAGAAAUUGGCCCAGAUGAAAGUUCUACCCAAGGAUAAAAUGCAAUUAUAUAUUCGGGCCAAGCCCAAUGGAGAAGUGAAAGUGUUGUCUUAGUUUCCCUUUUUUUGUUCUAAAUUCAAUAAAAAAAUUUGAAAAA